ACUAAAAGUUUUUGAUUCUAACUAGGCAAUUUUUAACAAAAAGUUUUGAUUGUAUAUAAAUAGAACAGCUUUGGAUUAUUAUUAAAUCACAUUCAAUUGUUGAGGCAGAAGGAUGGUUUGGAUCAGUGACCCACUAGAUGAGAAUCCAAAUCCUCCUAUUAGACAAGUGGCAUCUGGCAGUCUGGGCAGAAGAGUAACGCUGUUUUCCAACUAUUACAAAGUUGUUCCCUUUGAUGUAACAAAAAAUGUUACUCUUCAUCAUUUUGAUGUCAAAAUAUUGGAUGCCAAGAAGUCAGAUGGCAGUGAUGAACUUGAAAAAAUAACUCCGUAUGAAGCAGUUGCAGCAACUGCUGGACCUCAAAAAAGUAAUGCUGAAAAGAAAAAGAAGAGAAGGAUGGGCCGCCCAAAAGGACCUAAACCUGGGAAGGAGCCGCCCAGCCAAGCUGGAAUAGAUCUUGGGGACAUGAGUUCUGCCUUAGACAAUGUUGCCACACCUCACAUGAAUAGUUCUUAUAAAAGGCAUAUUUCAAAAGCGCUUGGACGAAAAAUAUUUUCAGGAUUCAUCAAAGAGCAUCCUGAGAUUUUUGAGGCCACAAAUGACGGGAAGGGCCUCUUGAUGACCUUUGAUGGCAUUUGCAAUGCCUACUGUGCCACCUCUGGCACGGCCAUUCCUCAAAUCCUGAAAGGCCCUAUCCGGUUCAAACUCAAGUUCUAUGAUGAAACUCUCAACAGAGAAAAGGAAUAUCAUAUAGUUUGGAAGCUCGUUGGGAAGUCAUUAUUGAAAGAAUUGCUGCAGCAUCUUCCCAAGUGUCAGCCUCUAACACAUCAAUGUCAAGAUAUCUUCCACAUGCUUCAAGUGAUGCUAAAUUAUGAGCAUGCUAGAAAGUAUGCAACUUCAUCUUUAAAUAACUUCUUCUCUCAUAAAGAAGAAAGAUUUGGCCAAAAUUUCCAGAUUGGUCACGGUAAAGAAGGGGUAAUAGGAUUUCAUUCUUCCCUACGCCCCUGCGGUUGGAAGGACGCCAGCUGCCUCAUGCUGAACAUUGAUGUUGCUCACAGACCCUUCUUGGAGUGCAAGAGUCUUUUGAAGUACCUGCGCUCUCAGCCCAGCGCACAAGAAUAUUUCAAGAACGAAGAGCUCGGUCCUGAGGCCAUCGGUCUCAUCCUCGACAAGAUCGUGAAGGAACAAAUUAAGAUCUCCACUAAACACGGAGGCUAUACUCGCCAGUAUAAAGUGGUAGGAGUGAGCGAUAAGACAUCGAUGACUUGCACUUUUGACGUGACUAAGGACGGUGAGGUAGAAACCAUUACUGUGGCCGAGUACUUCGAACGGACGUAUGGUACCACACUUAAGUACCCAAGAAUGAACUGUCUGCUGGUCGGCAACAAGAAGUCGCACAUGCCCAUCGAAAUGUGCGACAUCGUUGCCAACCAACGAGUGCGAGGCAGGCUUGGUCAGGACGAGUCGAGGGAGUUCAUCAAGCGCUCAGCACAGCCUCCUCAACAGCGCAAGAAACAAAUUUCCGAGAUUUUUGACAAAAGCUGCGAGGAUAAAGUCCAGGUGCUGGCGUCUCUUGGGUUGGAAGUUGAUCACAACAUGGUCAAAUUCGAGGGUCGCGUGAUUGAACCGCCAGUCGUGGAGCUCGGCAAGAAACUUCAGCCGAAAAUUGAAAGGGGUGAAUGGAAAAUCAACCUAUAUCGGGAUGCCUUCAAGCAGCCUGCCAAGCUCGACCACUGGGCCAUCAUCAACUUCUCGACUGCCAAGGACGCCGAUGAAAUAAUUAAUGAAUUCAAAAAAAUGAUGAUGGACAAAGCAAGAAAUUUUGGCAUGGAUCCAAAAUGCCCCCGCUUCGUGAAAUCGGAGCCACUGCCCUGUAAUGUGGGCGAUUUGCUGGAAAAAAUAAAUAAAGACUGCAAAGGUCUGCGUCUUCUCGUCUUCGUUAUUGAUGAUGGCGACAAAAGAACCUACCCUACAGUGAAGGCAAAAAAUCGACUGAAUUUUGUGACUCAGUGCGCGCAUUAUUCCACCCUUGUUAAACUGGACGGUACGAUUAUGCUCAACUUGCUGCUGAAGAUUAAUGUGAAGCUCGGAGGAGUUUCGCAUGUCGCGCUGCCUCGGCAGCCCGAUCACGAGCGAGUUGGCGGUAAUAAAGUGAUGGUGAUGGGAGCUGACGUCAACCACCCAGACCCUGGCGAUAAGCUCAGCCCUUCGAUAGUGGCUGUGGUGGCCUCGGUCGAUGUCCACGCUUGUAAAUACGUCAGGGAAGUCCGUCAUCAGAACAGAGAACAUAAAGGAAGAGACAUCAUUACAGACAUGAAAGAGAUCACUAAGAACCUGCUUGAACAGUUCUGGCGUCAGAACAAAAUUCUGCCCGAGAAAAUCAUGAUGUUCAGAGACGGUGUAAGUGAAACGCAGUUCAGCCAAGUGCUGGCAUCGGAGCUGAGGGCCAUGAGGGAAGCCUGCACCAGCAUCAGUACAGACUACAAGCCUUCCAUGACAUUCCUGUGUGUUCAGAAGAAACAUCACACUCGUCUCUUCCUAGAAAAAGGUGGCAAUGUCGAAGCAGGCACCGUUGCCGACACCACCAUCACCAGCCCCUGGCUGAUGGACUUCUACCUCAACUCGCAUACCGGUGACGGCUUAAGGGGAAGCACCAACCGGCCGGCGCACUACACGGUGUUGUGGGACGACAGUGACAUGAGCUUUGACCAGAUCCAACGGCAGUCAUUUUCUCAGUGCCAUAAUUACGCGCGGUGCUUUCGUUCAACUUCCAUUCCAACUGCAGUUUACUACGCGCACCACGCCGCUUUCAAAGCAAAGGUGCUGCUGGAUGAAGCCAUUCUGACUGACGGGCACAAGUGGCUAGCGGCAGCUGAGAAGAGCGGGAAGGACUCGUACCCUGACGAGGAGCUCGACAAAGUUGUGCGUGUGGACAUUUCCAUGGAGACCAGCCGACGAAUGGACUAUGUGUAAAAUGGGCGUAUAUAUUUGGAAUUAUUUUAUAUCGGAAACGCGCAAAAUUUUAGAAUUUGCACAGAGAAUUUGAGGAGCUACCCCGAGUUUUGGUUAUCAUUCGUAUUUGUUUGAAGCUCAUGGUUAUUAUAUUGUUUUCAGUUGAGAAGGAAGAUUUGAACUGAAAUCCAGAGUAGGAAUCUCGGAAUCGAGAUUGAGUUACUACAGAGCUAGUUGUUGCUGACGGAGAAUACUAUGCAGUAGUCAUUGUAUCUGUUGACGCUGAAUAGAUUAUAUAUGAACUGUUGUAUUAAUACAGAACGGUUACUUAUUGGAGAACUGUUCCAAUAGAAGACCUAGAACUGUUAUUAAUACUGUUGAACUGUUGUAUUAAUUACUUAUUGGAUAUGGGAAAUACGUUACAAUAGUCAUUGUAUCUGUUGAUAUUGAAUAGGAUUGUUUAAAUUUUUAUUUUAUUUAUUGGAUAGCGCUAGAGCUCUGUUGCAAUGCCCAGUCAUUAAUUUUUUAUUCCAUUAAGGCUCCGUUUAGCACAUUUAUGUUAUUUGUGUUGUUGUGGUGUAAUUUUGAAUGUUUCAUGCACUGAAUGUGGGAACAAAACCAUACCUCUUUCCCAAACAUCUAACUAUCAUUUAUUAAUGUUGGCAGUUGAGUUUGUAUAUCUUACGCGUUUGUAUCGCUGUAUUGGGAUUUAUUAUUGACGCUUAUAUCGCAUAUAAUAUACGACUCCUAGUUGUGCGACUUGAUAAAUAUAGCUUUUCUAACGAUUUAAACAAUAUUCUGUGAUUAAAAACGAUAUUUAUCCACUCAAGUUUAUGA